AAGAAGUGUUUGUAGAAGCAGAAGAUGUCACAUCUACCGACACCUUUGUAUGGAUUCGCAAUAUUCUUCCUAAUAUUCUGGUGCGGAACGUGGUGUGUGCAUCUGAUUGCGAUAUGCUAUGGCAAAUUCAAGCUGCACAAGAAGUCGUGUAAAUGCCCCAAUGAGACACCGUUGCCGGGUGUGUCCAUACUCAAACCGCUGAUGGGUGUCGACCCGAAUUUGGAGCACAAUCUAGAGACGUUUUUCACAAUGGAUUAUCCGGUGUAUGAGCUGUUAUUUUGUGUGGAGGAUAAGUGCGAUCCGGCGGUGAAGUUGGUGGAGGGACUGAUUGCCAAAUAUCCCCAGGUGGAUGCCCGUUUGUUUUUGGGCGGCAGCAAUGUGGGUGUGAAUCCAAAAAUCAACAACAUGAAUCCGGCCUAUGAGGCGGCAAAAUAUGAGUUCGUAAUGAUCUCGGAUAGUGGUAUCAAAAUGCGCAAUGACACACUGUUGGAUAUGGUACAUCAUAUGGGUGAGAAAUAUGCCCUGGUCCAUCAGAUGCCAUUCACCUGUGAUCGUGAGGGCUUUGCGGCAACCUUUGAAAAAGUGUUCUUUGGCACUGUGCAAUCGCGGAUAUAUCUGUCGGCGGAUUUUUUGGGUAUCAAUUGCCACACGGGUAUGUCGUGUCUGCUGCGGAAGUCGGUGAUCGAUAGCCUGGGUGGGCUGAAAACGUUUGGCUGCUAUUUGGCGGAGGAUUUUUUCAUUGCCAAGGCCAUCACAGAGCAGGGAUGGAAAAUGCGUAUCAGCAAUCAACCGGCCCUGCAGAACUGUGGCACUUGUGAUAUUAGCACAUUUCAGCAAAGACUUAUACGCUGGGCCAAGUUGCGUGUGGCCAUGGUGCCGACUACAAUACUCCUUGAACCGCUGUCGGAGUGUAUGGUAUUGGGUGCGCUGGCCGCCUGGUCAGCCACAAUUGUCUUCAAAUGGGAUCCAUUGGUGUUCUAUUUGGUGCAUAUCCUCACCUGGUUUCUGUCCGAUUGGCUGCUGCUGACCAUUGUCCAGAAUGGUUCGUUGACCUUUCACAAAUUUGAAUUUGUUAUUGGUUGGCUGUUUAGGGAGCUAAGUGGGCCGUAUUUGUUUCUGCAUGCCCUGUGGAAUCCAGCGAUUAGAUGGCGUACACGUACCUAUAAGCUGAGAUGGGGUGGUAUAGCCUAUGAACUGCCGGAUAAUUGCUGUUGUAGUAAUAGCAGUUGUAAAAGCUGCAGCAGCAGCGACACGACGAUGUUCCAAACGACAUCGACAGCAGCAGCCGCAGCAACAAAUCUCAGUAGUAAACGACUAUUGAUUACAUCGUAG